AUGGCCGGUCGCGAAUUGAAGGCGCUGUUGAACAGUGGCGAGCAGGGCGCUACUUACACUGCUACGAUCUCGAUCGCUGGCGCCACUGUGGAGCUCCCCCCCGAGCAGAAGAAGUGCUUCUCCAAUGAUAAGCAUGCCUUUACCGCGACCUCUUUCGACUUUCUCGCCUGCGUUGUAGUUCGGAAGUGCGUGCCCGCGUCGCUCGAGGAGGCAAUUAAGGUGGUGCCCUCCAAUGUUGUCGCGGACAUCGUCGCUGGUGGAGAGGCCGCGCACGUGGCGUUUGACGGUUUGGUUGGGUGUAAGCUGGUCGCGUUCUGCAUCUGGUCCGAGGAAUUGAGUGACAAGAAGGCCUCCAACGCGGGCAUGUUACUGCUCUUGCGACCGGACCACCUGGGGCUUGACGCGACCUCACCCUGGAAAACUCGCUUUGUCCGCGUCUGUCACCCCACUGCCGCGGCCGAGCAUCUUGCUGCGGUGGACAAGAUUGUCAAGUACGGCUGUAGUAUAGGCCCUCUUUUUACACCAAGUCGCUAUUGUUCCUCCAUGUCUGAGAUACGUAUUUUGAACAGUGCAGGUGGUUCCAAGGAUACUUCUUCCUGGAAGGCCCCUUGCGGUUCGCUCGCAUGUGGGUUCGUGUUCGACAGAGUUCUCAACGAGCUUGACGUGGUGAUUGGACACGACCCUUCUCCUCGCAUCGCCAAGCCAAUAGCCAGGACGCUGACCACAUUGCGGCAGGAUGCGAAACGCGCCGCGGAGGAGCUCGCGUUCAGGUCCAGGUGCGGGAUCGCGAACGGCCAUGGGGGGGAUGCUCACGGCAAUGAACGUGUGAGGUCGCACGAACAGCCGGCGGGAUCACAUGUUUCGGGCCGCGAUGCACAUGCUCUCAAUACAGCUCUUGCGCUCGCGAACACAGGCGAGGGGGAACAGGAGAAGCCGGACAACAAGGAAGAGGGCUCGAGCUCUGACCGUGGAGAGGAGGAGGCCCCUGUUAACGCGCCCCAGGGUGGAGGCGACAGGAAUGCACAGGAGGAGGCGGACGAGGGGGAGGGACAGGGUCGCGGUUAA